AUGUCUUUCGAACCCGUCAUGCCUCCCUUUAACUCGAGCGAUCCAUCCGCCAACUUCCUCAGCUCCUCCUGUCUCGACUUUCUCCUCAUUGAGCUCGUUCCUAUGGCCUACCGCGUUACUCAUGAGCGAGACUCCAUCACGUCAGAAUCAAAUGGCGCCCCCACAGAUACUGCCUCAACCAGCCAUGCAGUUAGCUCCAGCGCAGCCGGGAUAAUGGCUGGUACUGCGACAAGGAAGGAUGAGGAAGAGGAUAUGGACGCAGUGCAUUAUCGCCUUGAGAUGUUAGGUUACAGAGUUGGACAGGGUCUCGUAGAGAGAUUCUCGAGAGACCGACCACGAUUCAACGAUACACUCGACGUCAUCAAAUUCCUCUGCAAAGAUCUUUGGACGCUGGUAUUUGGCAAGAAUAUUGACAACCUGAAGACAAAUCACAGAGGAGUCUACGUAUUGACCGACAACCUAUUCCGACCCUUCUCACGUAUGAGCACUGAAGCUGGCGGCCAAGCAAUCGUUCGCGCACAACCGUUCUUAUGGUUCCCAUGCGGUGUCGUACGGGGUGCACUGGCUGCCCUUGGAAUCAACACCAGUGUCCAAGCCGAGAUCAACGAGUUGCCGGGAGCCGUGUUUCAGAUUAAAACCAUACCAAACAAGCCCUGA